AUGCCCCCGAUCACGACCGUGACGAGGUUUGUCCACGCCGUUACACAUCAGAAAAGGGGAGACCCAUUCGAUGGCGACGACAUCGAUGCCACGAGUCCAGACACAGGAAGUAAGCUUCUCACCAUCAUCCUAAGCAGCGCCAUCCCCAUCGUGGUCCUUCUUUUGGCGGCUGUUGUGAUCUGUCUAUGCUGGAGGAAGAAACAACGGCGGAUACGGCUAUUUUCACGAACCGUCACACCUGUCGACGACGAGGAAAUAGCAACAUGGAAAAACCCGAAGAGUGAAGAGGCCGGGUUUACGACCGGGGACAACACCGACGUCGAUGGAAAGAGCAGACCGACAACUGGGGAUCGUUUGAACACCAGCCAUGGGAAACAACCAUCAACAAGCUCGGUAAAGAAACCCGCAAGCGUCAUCGUCUACAGUAAUCCUCAAGACCAAGCAACAGCUGGAGAAACCCGCGAAUCCCUCGACGAAGGGUCGCCUCGGUCCGCCGCACACAGCACCCACAGCGGCUAUUACGGAAAGACGAGCAUCGACCGCACGCCACUACCACCAACCCCCAUCCUCGCGAGAGCUCCCAACUCCCGAGCCGGCCUCACAGACGAGACGGUACCCGGCGAUGUCCCGUUCAUACCAGCGCCCAAGCGCCAACCCUCUCGGCUAUACAAGCUACCGCCAGGCGCACACGCCGUCGGAUCAUCAGCACCGAGAUCGAGACAUGGGAGGAAGAGGAGUUCAAAAAGCAGCACCAGCAGCAUAGGCGGUUACUCAACCUUCCACAGCAACAACUACAACAACAGGGCAGCAUACUACCGAGGCGGAGGCUAUACAUCCGACACAGGAGGAGGGGGAAGAGGGGCAGGUGGAGGAUUUCCCGGGCGCCAUUCCCACGACCACGCUCGCACCCGCAGUAUGCACCACCAGCAUUCACGUUUUCACUCGGGCGUGACGGUUCCUCCGAGGUUGUCGCUUGGUGAUGAUGCGCGGCUUUCACGGAGACAGUUUUUGAGAGAGGAGGAGAUUGGACGGGCAAUUGGGUGA